GAGGCGGCGACUCCUCCGAGCUUGGCGCGCGGGCCCGCCAUUUUGUGCCGCCCUCGCUCUCGCCUUCCCGCCCAGUGCCGGGCGGAUUGAAUGAGGAGUCGCCGCCAUGUCCUCCUCUCCGCCUUCGGCCGCCCCUCCGGCCCCCUCCCCGGGCACCCCCAGAGCGCCGCCGCCGGCCGAAACCCCUCUGUCGCCGACGCGCAUCUCGCGGCUGCAGGAGAAGGAGGAGCUGCGGCACCUCAACGACCGCCUGGCCCACUACAUCGAGCGGGUGCGCGCCCUCGAGCUCGAGAACGACCGGCUGCUGCUGCGCGUCUCCGAGAAGGAGGAGGUGGUCACGAGAGAGGUGACCGGCAUCAAGGCCCUCUAUGAGUCAGAGUUGGCAGAUGCCCGGAGAGUUCUUGAUGAGACGGCCAGAGAGAGGGCGAAGCUGCAGAUUGAAAUUGGGAAGCUGCGAGCAGAACUUGAUGAGCUUGCCAAGAGCUACAAAAAGAAAGAUGGGGAGUGGUCCACAUCUCAGGGCCGCAUCAAGGAGCUGGAAGUCCUCUUCCAUCGGAGUGAAGCAGAACUCACGGCAACCCUGACAGAGAAGCGCCACCUGGAGGCGGAGGUGGCCGACCUGCGUGCACAGCUGGCCAAGUCAGAAGAUGGUCACGCUGUGGCAAAGAAGCAGCUGGAGAAGGAGACUCUGAUGCGGGUGGACCUGGAGAAUCGCUGCCAGAGUCUGCAAGAGGAGCUUGACUUCAGGAAGAACAUUUUUGAAGAGGAGGUGCGGGAGACACGGAAGCGGCACGAGCGCCAGUUGGUGGAGGUGGAUAGCAGCCGCCAGCAGGAGUGCGAGUCCAAACUCUCCCAGACGCUAGAAGACCUUCGCCAGCAGCAUGACGAGCAGGUCCGGCUGUACAAGCUGGAGGUGGAGCAGACCUAUCAGGCCAAGCUGGAGAAUGCCAAACUCUGCUCCGAACAGAACAACAAAGCAGCCAGUGCUGCUCGGGAGGAGCUGAAGGAGGCCCGCCUGAGGAUUGAAUCUCUCAGCUACCAGCUUUCAGGGCUGCAGAAGCAGGCAAACGCCGCAGAAGACCGGAUACGGGAGCUGGAGGAGCUGAUGGCUGGUGAGCGAGAGAAGUUCCGGAAGAUGCUGGACGCCAAGGAGAGGGAGAUGACAGAGAUGCGGGACCAGAUGCAGCAGCAGCUGAUGGAGUACCAGGAGCUCCUGGAUGUCAAGCUGGCCCUGGACAUGGAGAUCAGCGCCUACCGGAAGCUCCUCGAAGGGGAAGAGGAGAGGCUGAAGCUGUCCCCCAGCCCCUCAGCCCGUAUCACUGUCUCGCGGGCCACCUCCUCGUCCAGCAGCGGCAUUUCCGCCACCCGCUCCUCCCGGGGGAAGCGGAAGCGCCUGGAAAUAGCAGAGGAGCUCUCUGGCAGUGGCUCCAGCAGGUUGGGCACCAGGAGCAGCAGUGCCGGCAGUAGCAGCGCCUUCCAGACUUCCCAGCAGGCUUCUGCCAAGGGCAGCAUCAGCAUCGAGGACGUGGACCCAGAGGGGAAGUAUGUUCAGCUGAAGAACUGCUCUGACAAGGAUCAGUCUCUUGGGAACUGGAGACUGAAGAAAAAGAUUGGCGAGGGAGAAGAGAUGGCUUACAAAUUUACCCCAAAAUAUGUCCUCCGGGCUGGGCAGGCGGUCACAAUCUGGGCAGCUGAUGCUGGGGUGGCCCACAGCCCACCUUCUGUCCUUGUGUGGAAGCACCAGACCAGUUGGGGCACCGGGACCAGUGUCCACACCUACCUGGUGAACUCUGAUGGAGAGGAAGUUGCUGUGAGGAGUUUGACUCAGUCAUCUGCUGUGCUGCAGGACAACGGGGAGGAAGAUGAGGAGGCAGAGUUUGGGGAGGAAGACCUCUUUCACCAGCAGGGGGAUCCUAGGACCACCUCCAGGGGCUGCACCGUCAUGUGAGAGGAAGGGAAACCGUCUCUGCUCGUCUUUUCUCCUUUUUUUGCUCUGCCCAGGGACUCUGCCCAGAGUCACUGAAACUAUUUUUAUACAUUGCAUAUGAUCACUCCUUUUUUUCUUUCUUUCUUGGAGAUGGUUCCUUAGUAAACUUCUUAAAGAGAGAACUUGAAUCAGCCAGAACUGCCACCAUCUUUUGAAGAUUUGCUUUCCCUUUGCAAUGCCCAUGGUCUACUUUGUUGUCUUACUUGCAAGCCAAAGAGUGAUGCGGCUCCAGGAGUUUCCAGGGAAGAGAAAGCAUGGCUGAAGUUGUCACUCUGGAGUGGACAGUCUGCUUCUCUGGCCCUCCUGUUCUUGUACUGGGGGGAGGUGGUCAAGCGGUGACCCUGGGUGUAAGCCUGCCUGUGCCCUCAGGGGCAACCCCAGUGGUUGUGCAGAUAAAACCAGGUGGCAAAUGUGAGGAUUAAUGAUAUUUUCAUGCCAUUGACCCUAGGUGUGCCUCAGAAGGCCUGGAGCUCCUAGGACAGAAUGACUCUUGAAACAGUUUGGGCAGCUCUGUGGAGCAUGGAGGUCUCAGAAGCUGAGAUGAAGUGAGAAGCACUGAUUUAAGGCAAGGCUUGUUUGAAGUCAUUGCAGAACUUCCUCUGCCUAAGUUCUGCUGCCAUGCUUUCAAGCAGGGAACAAUCCUAACCAUGUCUACUCGGAAGUAGGUCUUGUUGAUUUCAGUGGGGCUUACUCCCCAAGUGAGGUUAAGAUUGCUGCUUCCUUGCGGAAUGACCCUAGAAACAGGGUUGUAUCAAAUCAAGUCAAAGGCCCACUGAAUCCAAUGGAUGCAACUUACUUGAAGGCCAGCCCUUACGAAGUCUAGAUUUUGUGGGAACUGUUUUUGCCCUCAAAAUCCAGAGUUGAGCCCUCACACAAGACGUGUCGGAUGCUGAGAUUCCGCUUGGAGGUCUGUGUUGCUCCAUCCUCUGCAGCAAAAAACCAGAAGCGACUUGUCUGCUUGUCUUGCCACUGGAGACCAGUGGUGGGUGGGGAUGUGGGACGUCUUCUGCCGAGUCCCUCUUCCGUGCAGCUCGCUCCACACUGCCCAGAGGGGGCAGAGGCAAGCUCAGUGUUGCACUGUGAGCAGUUGCCCCAUGCCUCAAUGGGUCCCUCCCAUUGGGCAGCCUUGCAAGUUCCAGGGUGCUUUGUUUGGAAGGGGAGUUUAGGGAAGAUGCUGCCGCUGCUUACUCUGCCCUGAUCUGCACCACCUCCCAGAAUGAGAGGACAAGGUAUGGGCAGGUAGGUGAUAAGUAUUUGGAGCAGGUGGGCAGUGACCCCCUCCUAGGGCAGCUCAGCUUCUCCCCACCCCACCCUUGGUCUUGCAGAAUCCUUGGCACAGCUGUUCUCCACCAAAGAAGCUGCCUUGGCUGAGCAGCACCUGUCCAAAGGCUGAGCAGCACCUGUCCCGGCAGCCCUGGAUCCCCUUGAGGGGCAAGCAGGGCUGCGUCUGGGGCAGAGUUAGUGGCGCCAGCAAGCAGCAUAUCCCACAUGCAGCAGUGAGGGGUCGGAGCUCCUGCCACCCACUCCUGGGACCCCAGGGCUCUGGCUCAGCCCAUGAUGCUUUUAGUGGCACGUGUACAGAGAGGAGAUAGAGCCCUGCAGAUAUUCUGGUUCAUAGGGUCUUGUGGGGAGGGUGGGAGGGUUGCCGGGCAAGGCUUUGGUGCAGAGCAAGUUGGGUGGGAACGGAUGGGUUGGGGAACAAAAUGUCCUACUUUAUAUUUAAAAAUAAAAACGAAAAAACCAGAGGUGCUAAUAUUCCACAGGUAUUUUAAUGAUGCCACGUGGUAGAGAAGCAUAUUAGAUUUAGAAGUUGAACUCUGUUUCAUGGAGCCACUUGUGGAAAGCAUUCCUUUUGGAAGUAUGGCUUCUGCCUCCCCCUCUACCGCAUGACGCUCCUUCUGCUCAGCUUGACCAGGGGGCUGAGGGUGUUUGCCAUAGACAUUGCUCUCUUGUCCCUCUGAAUUCUGUUUCUCAGGUCCGGCUUACAAGCUUCUUGGCCACCUGCUGUGCUCACAGCUGCUCUUCCAAGGCCAGUCUCCUUGUUCCUGUGAAUACUAAAGAUGUGAAGGUGCAAAUGUGCUACUGGGCUAAGCAGGCUGCUCUUCUUGUGCUGGCCUGAGCCAGAGGGGAGGAGGAGGGGGUUCCUGACUGCUCUGCAAAGCUGAGCCAGGGACCUGAGCAGAGUCCCCAAGUGCUGCUGUUUGCCAUGCACUUAGGGUGGCCACCGGCUGUGGAGGGCACCCUCCUCUUGGUCUCCCUGAACCCCCCCCCCCAAACCGCCGUUCCAGAACAGUUGCUGUGAAAAUGCCAAGGCCAGUGUCAACUGCUCCCUGCACUGUCUCCCUCGGGCUCGGGCUGUGUCAGGGAGUGCAGAACCAGAACCAGGAGCUGAGCGCUGUGAAAAGCCUUCAAAGGGCCGAGCCCAGCAGCGUCCAGCCUUUACGAUCAGGACGACCUUGGCUAGGGUCCCACAAGGUUGAUGUCCCUCACCUCACUUUGAGCUGUGUUCAGCCCGGAUGGAUCUCAUCCCACCAAUCUAGUGGUCCCCAAAUCCCACUUUCUGUCUCUAGGUGGGAGCCCAUCUGAGAGGCCAGUUCCCUCCCGGCCUCAGUUUCCACUCUGUUUGCUCCCACUGGGGAGUGGAGGUGUUGGGCUGCAACCUGAGAGACAGAAUGUUUGGGGGCGGGGUUGCCCUUAGAAAAAGCAAAUUUAUAUUCUCUCUGAGCUGUUAUUCACAUAUGGUUAUUAGAAAAUUUUAAUGCUGCCUUGAAAUGCUAAA